AUGGAGCCGGUGAAUAUUGAACAAUCUGCUAAUCUUAUUUCUACCGCCCCAACCACAAACGAGGAGAAGCAAACACCUUCAGACGCGGGCCCUGCAACCGAAUCCUCACCCUUACCGCCCAGGACGAGCAGGCCCAGGCAAGGGAGCGCUGGAAGAAAGCGAACAAACGAAGAAGCCUGGCAGCCUGGCGAGACUCCAGCGACGAGCCCUAAAACUGCAAGAUUCAAAAGAUCUCUCACUCUCCUUGUCAUGCCAGAAUCAGAAGUGCAGCGUGCUCAGGAGCACCCAACCCCGACAACUGGAGAGGGGGCUCAGACUCAACGAUCUGUUAUCGCUGAUAGAGAGGGAUCGGCUUCAUUCCCUCCUCGCAACAGCUUUACCAAGCAGAUUCACGACUACCAACAACAACUGGAACUUGAGUAUCAGCAGUUUGAACAGUCUCUAAAUGAGCGAGACACAGCGGCCGACCUGGACGCCAUGAACUGGGAAGACCUGGAGACACGUUACAAUGACGAGAUGACACCUUGUAUUAUUCGUGAGAAGGAAGUUAUGGACGAGAUCAACGCUCGCUUUGCGCAAUUCAUGCUGUACUUGCAGGUAUCGAACGACCAUGAGGCUGAAAGAGCCGUCAAGAGACUUCGAACGCGGAUUGCGCUCGCUCAAAACUCAGAAGGACUACUGGCCCAAAAGCAAGCCCACCAUAUGAAGGUCCUGGAGGCAUUCCACAGUGCAAUGGCUCUCCUCGGCAAUGUUUGA